AUGCCUCACCAUCCUUCAUUCUCGAAGCGCUCAGGCGGAAGCCAAGGAGACAAUAAGAAUGCAGAGAACGAGGAGGAAGUAGAGGACUACAUGUCAAUGACUAUUGUCGAGCCAUCUAGGCCACAGGGGCGGAAGGAAACAUACAGUGAAAUGCGCUUGAGAAAGCAAAGGGAGUCUGAAGCCAAGUCCCGUGUCCCGUCCAAAGCAGAGCGGGCUGCUGCUGAGGCUGCUCGAAGAGACUCCGCGCUCUCUACUAGCGCUCUUGACCCCUCGAACAAAGGUUUUCAGAUGAUGGCUAAACUAGGCUUCAAGCCAGGAACUGCUCUUGGAAAAGAUCGGUCUCCCGAAUACGCAUCUGGUGUUGAUGAGUGGAACCGGCGACUCACAGAACCUCUAAAUGUGAUGGUCAAGGAGGAUAGAGGAGGGAUCGGGAUGGAUAGUGAGAAAAAGCGAAAAAUAAGAGAGCAAGCUGAAAGUGAAACGAAGAGAGUUAAGGCUGAAGAAGACGAUUUUAGAGAGAGGGUUAGGCGUGAAAGAGAAGAAAAGAGGACUGAGGGAUUGUUCAUCGCCGCCCAAAAGGUCGCAGAAAGAUUGGAUGUUGAGCAGGUUGAAGAUGAAGAGAACAUGAGCCUUAGUGACCGAGACCGUACGGAAACAUCACCAAAGGAUCCUACCAAACAAGGCCUCAAAGCCAAUUCCACACAACCAUCCAUAUCUACUGCUACUGGUAACGCAAAGCGCCACACCAAGCCAACAUCGCAAAUCAACGUACUCUAUCGUGGCCUCGUCCGCGCUCGGGAGGAGAGUUUGCGCAAUCAGCAAGCUCGUCGUGGCCUGUACCAGUCACUCUCCUCCAAAAACCCAGACCUGAUACCGAACCUCGAAAAUCUUCCGACAUAUGGCGAUGACCAGCUAGAGCCGGAUGAUAGGCUUGCCUUAGGUCGAAAUGCAGAAGGAGAAGUUCUUGAAGUUGAAUUGGAAGAAAGCGAAGACGAGGAGCUGGCAGAGUUUAAUGCUUUAAGCGCCCAGGAUCGGUUGUUCAGGGUGGUGAUGUACCUCCGCGAGAAAUAUCGAUAUUGCUUCUGGUGCAAGUAUCGCUACGAAACCGAGGAAAUGGGAGGCUGUCCAGGCUUAACGGAAGAUGAUCAUGACUGA